AUGUCCAAACUAGACAAAAGGGCGAGCAGCAAUCUGGCAAUACUAGAGGUUGGUUUAGAAGCUCCAGAUCCAUUCAGCGAUGAUGUCAACUCGGGCAAUACCUCGCAAAUAUCAGAAACCUCACUGGAAGGUGUCAAUUCAUUAGUAUCAUUGCCCCAAUUUUUUUCGUCCUUUUGGCGUACGAACUCCGAAAAAGAGUCCGGUGAGGAAGAGUCAGGGCUGGGUGCAACUGCGAGCAAUAUAGACUUUUCAAGUGGCAGUAGAGACCGUAUGCAUGCUGCUUCAGAGUUGAACCUACGAUAUGUGGGGACAUCUGGAAGUAACAGUACAAAUACAGAUAUGAGACAAGCGCAGCCCCAUAUGGAAAAAAACAAACUGACCAGAACUAGGAGUGAGGCUGCGAAUGGCAUCAGUACAUUUGUGGAAAGCUCGAGUAAAUAUGUGAGCAAUCUGUUCAAUGAGGUGAAGCGGAACAACAGCAAUAGAAUGUCAAAAAUAACCCGUUGGCGACAAGGGGACUG